UUAUAUCAAUUGGGAAUUUCGUUCGUGUAAAAACAAGGGUGAUCAAAAGUUGGAGGAUGUACAUCACAAAUUGGAUCAUGGGGGACUACUGAAUAUUCACAAUUAGUUGACGACAUAUGUAUAUCUUUUUCCUGAUUUGAUUGGACAAAAUUUGUCAUUCUCUAGUUCUCUGCAUUUGGUUAGGCUUGGUGAAGUUACUGCCGUUGAUCGAUAAUUCAGCUGCAGCUCGGCGAUCGGAUCUCGUUCUUUGUUUCCGGGUGGUCUAGUUUUGUAUAAACGUAGGCAAUUUUUGAAACUGCUGUGUGAAAUGAGCGUUGUAAAUAGAAAAUGAAGGCUGUGAAGAGAAAAGUUGGCAAGUAUGAGGUUGGAAGAACCAUUGGAGAGGGAACUUUCGCAAAAGUUAAGUUUGCACGGAACACGGAGACCGGUGAAAGCGUGGCUAUCAAAGUCUUGGCCAAGAGUACUAUUCUCAAACACAAAAUGGUUGAUCAGAUAAAACGAGAAAUUUCCAUAAUGAAAAUUGUCAGACAUCCUUGCAUAGUCCGACUGCAUGAGGUUUUAGCCGGCCAAGCAAAAAUAUACAUAGUCCUUGAGUUUGUGACUGGAGGAGAACUUUUUGAUAAAAUUGUUCAUCAUGGCAGGCUUUCUGAGAAUGAAUCAAGAAGAUACUUUCAACAACUCAUUGAUGCAGUUUCGCACUGCCACAGCAAGGGCGUGUAUCACCGUGACUUAAAGCCUGAAAACCUGCUGCUUGAUUCUGAAGGAAACUUGAAGGUUUCUGAUUUUGGACUGAGUGCAUUGCCUCAAAAAGGAGUUGAUCUUCUUCAUACAACUUGCGGGACUCCUAAUUACGUUGCACCUGAGGUACUAAGCCACCGAGGUUAUGAUGGUGCUACUGCUGAUAUUUGGUCAUGCGGCGUGAUCCUUUUUGUUUUGAUGGCAGGAUAUCUACCAUUUGAGGAGAUAGACCUUCUGUCCUUGUAUAACAAGAUCAACGCUGCACAGUUUUCAUGUCCAUUUUGGUUUUCUCCAGCUGCAGCAUCAUUGAUUCAUAAAAUCCUUGACCCGAAUCCUGAAACUCGAAUUAAAAUUGAAGGCAUAAAAAAAGACCCAUGGUUCCAGAAAAAUUAUGUGCCUGUCAGACCUAGAGAAGAUGAAGUGGUGAAUCUGGAUGAUGUUCGUGCCGUUUUUGAUGACAUUGAGGACAAAUACGUGAAUGAGGAACCUGAGAAUAAUGGCAAUGGCCCUCUGAUAAUGAAUGCAUUUGAGAUGAUUACACUUUCUCAAGGGUUAAAUUUGUCAGCCUUGUUUGACAGGCGGCAGGAUUAUGUCAAAAGGCAGACUCGGUUUGUUUCUCGACAACCUGCAAAAGUUAUAGUCGCUGCAAUUGAGGCAGCUGGACAAUCAUUGGGACUCAAGGUUCACACACGCAAUUACAAGACAAGACUUGAAGGUGUAUCUGCUAAUAGGGCAGGUCAGUUUGCUGUCGUGCUAGAGGUUUUUGAAGUCGCUCCAUCCCUUUUUAUGGUGGAUGUUCGUAAGGCAGCUGGAGACACCCUCGAAUACCACAAGUUCUACAAGAAUUUCUGUGCUAUGCUUGAUCACAUCAUUUGGAGACCAAAGGAAGCCACGCCAGGUUCGGCUUUGCUUAGAACAAUGACUUGCUGAUCCAGUUCUAGGGUAUGAAGCAAAUCAGUCGGUGUAGCAGUGCCAAGUACAUGUUUUAGGUGAAGGGGUUGUGCCCUUUUUGGUGUGCUAUGUAUAACUUG